GAGUAUUUUUACUUUGUUGAAUUUUAAUCUCAGCUGAUUUGAGAGAGCUGAGAGAAGAAGCAAAAAGCAAACAAAACAAGAUCAAAAAGGAACAAAAAAGUUGUCUUUCUUUCCCAUUUGAAACUUGUGGACUGGAGCCUCAACCCCAAAUUUUCCCAUUUCCCGAACACUCUCGCUCUCUCUCUCUCUCUCUCUCUCUCUCUCUCUCUCUCUCUCUUUCCAGCCCUGGGAUCUGUCUUCUUUCUCUUCAGUCUGCAAGAACAAAGCUCAAAGAUGUAAAUAUUCUAGCGGAAGUAUCAACUCGAAGUUUCAACGAUAUUAGCAAAUGGCUAAUUCUUUGGUUGAGUCCAAUAAGACUAUGAAGAGGUUAGAAUCAAGAAAGUCUCGUUCAUGGUGGUGGGAUAGUCACAUCAGUCACAAGAACUCUAAGUGGCUUGCAGAUAAUCUCGAGGAGAUGGAUCGGAGCAUCAAACGGAUGUUGAAGCUGAUCGAAGAGGAUGGGGAUUCAUUUGCAAAAAAGGCUGAAAUGUAUUAUCAAAAGAGGCCUGAAUUGAUUGCUCACGUUGAAGAGUUUUAUCGCUUGUACCGGUCCCUGGCCGAACGUUAUGAUCAUGUGACAGGAGAAUUGCGGAAGAAUGCACCCUCGGAUCUCCAAUCCCAGAGUUCAUGCCUUUCUGACAUUGGUUCAGAACUGCCAUCUGCAUUGCCAUCUCCUGAUGUCCAACCCGGAAAGCUAGGUCGUCAUAAAUCUGGCCCUCGUGCUGCUGGCUUUGAUUUCUUCCUUGGCCCUGGUGGAAACAGCUCAGAUCAUUACCAGAAAGAGGGAGACGAAUCAUUUUCAUUUACCGAUUAUUCUGAGCCAGAAUCUGAUGAUUCUUCAGUCAACAAUUAUUCAACUCCCUUGUCAAAUGGUCUUGAUCAAGGGCAGACGAGAAAGAUAAUUGAGUUGGAAAUUGAGCUUCGUGAAGUGAAGGAGAAGCUUCGGAUGCAGCAGGAAGAGAAUGUGGACAGUUCAUUCAUGGGUGCAAAACCUGAUCAUACCGAAGAAUUUCCUGCAAAAAUUGCAGAAUAUGAGCAUGAGCUGACAAGCAGAAAUGAAAAAUUGCGCGAAUCGGAAGAAGAGAUUGCCAGGUUGAACAUCAAGAUCAAAAGGUACGAGUCUUCGCAACAUAAUAAUGGUCUUAAGCUUGCACUUGAACCAGAGUCUGCACAACAGAAUAAUGGUCUUAAGCUUGCACUUGAACCAGAGUCUGCACAACAUAAUAAUGGUCUUAAGCUUGCACUUGAACCAGAGCCUGCACAACAUAAUAAUGGUCUUAAGCUUGCACUUGAACCAGAGCCUGCACAACAUAAUAAUGGUCUUAAGCUUGCACUUGAAUUUUCAAAACCGAAAGAGGCCAAGAUACAUGAGGGUGCAAGAGACAGGGAGAUAAAUGAACCGUCAGAGAUUCAUAAAAGGGUCAGUGGGUCGGGAGAAGUUCAAGACAGAGAUAGCAAGAUUGAGGCAAUGGUGAAAGAGCUUAGAGCCGCAAAAGAUAGACUUCAACAUUCAGAAAAAGAGGUUGCAAGUUUGAGACAGCAACUUGAGAGUAAUAAACCCUCUGAGGAAAUCCAACAGUUGCAGGGUCAGCUUGAAUCCGCUAAGAAGGAUAUUUCUAUGUGGAAAACGAAGCUCAACACAGAGAAACGAGAGGUGUCCAAGCUGCAGGAACGAAUUUCAAGGUUGAAAGGUAGUUUAAUAGACCGAGAUAAUGAAGUCAUGGAUUUGAAAAUCGCAGUAUCUGAUGCCGAGGAGAAGAUUUUCCCUGAGAAGGCACAGGUUAAGGCUGAAAUAUCUCGAUUGCAAUCAGAACGGACACAUUUAGAGGAGCAGCUUAAAGAUUGGGAAUCACGUGGUCGUUUGUUGGAGGAUGAAAUCAGACAGAUGAAAGCUGGAAAAGCAGAAAUGGAGGAGAGACUUAAAGGCAAAAUCGAGCAGUUGAAGGCGGACAUCCUUGAGAGAAGCAACCAAAUGGAGAAUUUAAACAAGACCCUUGAUGCAAUGAAAACAGAAAGAGAUGAGCUUAGCACCAAAGCCGCUAUGCUACAGGCAGAGGUGAGUUCAAGAGACGAUCAGAUCAAUGAGAUAAACAAGAAUUUGCAGCAAAUGCAGACGGAACAUCAAGAACUGCUCAAUGGGGCUGAAGGGGCGCGAAAACUGGUGGAGGAGCUGACAGAAAGAGCGAAGGAACUCGAGGAGGAGAUUCAGAGGCAAAGAGUCGUGAUCAUGGAAGGAGCUGAAGAAAAACGAGAAGCUAUAAGGCAGCUGUGCUUCUCGCUCGAACAUUACAGGAACGGAUACCAUAUGCUUCGACAAGCUUGUAUGGGAAACAACAAAAGAGUUCCAGUUUUGGCAACUUAAGCUAAAUAUAAAACAUGCGGUCAUCGUUUGUAUAUUACAUGUUUUUUCAGUGCCAUUUUCUAUAAUCUCUGGCCGGAAAUGGCCAGCCGAGUGAUGAGCUAUAGGCCAUGCUCUCUCAUGGUUGUAUGAAUGCGAGGUUUAUGUUCUGUAGCAUUAGUAUAGAUAUAGAAACAGAAGGGUCCCGUCAAAGGACCCAUUUGAGUCACUAAUUUGCCCUCAAAAAUGGUGGAGAGGGCAGAAAUUUGUGUGAUAAUUUUAGUUUGGUGUAUGGUUUUGGGGUUGAAAUUUGGUACAAUUGAAAAUGUGUUUGCAAACUUUUGACACA